AUGGCAGAAGGUGCUGAAGAAUUUGUACAACAGACGAACUCACCCAAUGAAAUUGUUGCCAGUCAAUCAAUUUCUGAGAAUAUAGAAAACUACACUAGCUCUGAUGAGGUCAUAAACCAAGUCAUUGGUGACGAGGAGGUAGAUCCCGAGGUGGGAAUGUGCUUCGGCACAUUAGAAGAUGCGCGUGCAUAUUAUUACCGAUAUGCGGCUAGAACUGGAUUUGUCGUCAAAAUAAGAACCACCGGCUGGGAGACCAUAAACGAUCAGAGGGUGGUUGUUAAUCAAGCUUUGCAUUGUAACAGAGAUGGAUACCGCACAUCCCGUGUAAAGGCACCCCAGAGAAGGAAAACAGUGGCCUCAACAAACUGCAAAGCCCGUUGCUAUUUGGCAUUAGAUAAAAUGACAGGGCAGUGGAGAAUUUCUCGAGUAGAGGUAUCUCACUCACACCCGCUUAAUCCGAAGCUAUCUGGAAUAUUCUCAGCAAACCGUCAGCUAAGUAUGCAUGUGAAGGACCUGAUACAGCAAAAUGACCAAGCUGGCAUUAGACCGAGUAAGACGUACCAGGCACUAGCCAAUGCAGUCGGUGGCCCUGCCAACCUCACCUUUACAGAGAAGGAUGUUAGAAAUUACAUUAGUCGUCACUUACGCAUUUCCGGGGAUGAGACGGAUCCAAAAGAGUUACUUAAGCACUUCUCACGGAUGAAGGAGCUCAAUCCAAACUUUUUCUUUGAAAUAGACGUGGAUGAAAACCAUAGCAUUAGAAAUGUGUUUUGGGCCAAUGCUCGGUGUAGAGCUGCAUGGGAAUAUUUUGGUGAUGUCGUGACGUUUGACACUACUUACAAGACUAAUAGGUGUCAACCACCAUGGGAUGUCUACGCUUCUUGGGUGCGCAUUAUUGCGGAAUGA